AUUUUUUUAAAAGAUUAUUUAUUUGGAUGAAGUCGAACAUGUAUAAGCAAACAUUCACCUGUAUAAGUUAGAUCUCAUUCAAGAGUCUACUCUUCCUUAUCAUCUUCCUUACAACAAACAAAAGAAAUCAACAGCACACAAAAAAAACAUCCUCAAACAUGGUUUGCGUAGCUUGUUUAUUACCUCUGUUCCUUGUACCGAUCGUUAAUUUAUUACCUGUGCUUUUCCAUAUUCUGAUGGGGAAAAUUUAUAGGAUGUUUGGGAAAGAAUAUCAGAGACCAGAAAGAGUACCUGCUGCUUGUCCUUAUAAGCCAUCAGCAAAUAAAAUUAAUAAUUCUGUUGCCGGAGAAGAACCAAGUUCUGGCGCGCCCCAUCCUGUACCUAAGGCAGUUGGAGUGGAUGAUUCCAAGCAGGACUAACUAACUUUUGAAGUUGGAAACUUUUUGUAUUCAGCAAAUCAUCGGUUACGUCUUCGUUGAAACUAUGUAUGUUCUCCCAACCAUUGGUAAAAUGAUAUAUGUGUGCUACCAAGAUCAUCUUGGUUAAUUUAGUUUGUGGAGAUUUGGAUCCAUAUAACUUGUAAAUCUAUGUGUAAGCACACAUGACAUCUGAUUGUGUCUUCAACUUUAUAAUAUGUGUUAUGUAUGUGAAAA